UACUGUGCUGCUUUUAAUCCACAACUUGCCUCCUGCACAUGCCGCUGGAUACUGAUUUUAAAGAGAGAUGUUUCAAAAACUGAGCUGAAAUUACAUUUCCUGCAACUCCAAGGAUGCCUUUGGAUGUGAAAACCUUUGGUAGUUUCUAGGUGAGUUACACCUUUCAGAGAAUGAGAACACAAUGGCAACCCUAGUUCCUGACAAAAUGGAUACAAGAGAGAAGAAAGAGACUGAGUUUAUAGAAAACAGACUAAGCAUGAAGGACUUCCUGAAAAUGCAGAUGCUUUUCUUGUUACCUGACUUAAAGGAACCUGUAUGCGUGAUCAGAGAAGUGUUUGUAGAUAAAGCAUCUUCACUGGUUGGUCGAGGCACCAAGGAUGAGUAUGGAGAGCUUUUUGAUAAAAUUGAUGUGACGCGAGAAGGUUUUAUCACCUGGGACAAGCUGACCUCUUUUCUGCUCCUGGAGCUGUACGAGAGAGAUGAGCAUACAAAAACCUCCGUGGUUCCGCAGUGGAAGGAUAUAAAACUCCUUCCAACGGCGCACAAGGAACCGAUCCAGAAGAUUGCGUAUUUGAGGAGCUCCAGCAGAUACCUGACCAUCAGCAGAGAGGGGCUGCUGGGAAUCUGGACUGACAGCCUUACGACUCAGAAAACAAUCCGCAUCGCCACCGAUUCUGUUAAACUCAAAGACCUCUGGGUGACAAGUCUGGCUUUGUUACCAAAUGUCAACAAGAUAGCAGUUGGAUUUACUAGCAAAGAAAUUUGCUUCUAUGACCUACUGUCUAAGCAGGAGUUCUCCUGCCAAUAUAAAAUCCAGGACCUUGAGCAAACACCAAUAAGUAUGGACUACUGGUACAACCCAGGAGAUGCAGAUGAGGCAGUGCUGAGCUUUGGAGAUGUUGGUGGAGAGGUGAAUGGAAUUUGUUUCACAACCGCACAAAUAUCGCUAUUUGAGAGGCCAACCAACACAGCGGAUCCGGACUCAGUAAUAAUCAUUAAGUGGCCCGAGCUUGUCAGUGGCUGCCACAGGAGCUGCUAUAUUGUGAGACACAGGGCUCACAGGAGCAGCUGGGUUCGACGAGUGAAGUACCUGGGCAAUUUGGAAGCCUUUAUCUCCUGCACGACUGGCGCUGUGAACAGCGUAGUGCUGGCUUGGAAGGAAAACGAAGGCGCCCCACUUCGCACAACCAUUUUCCACAUCAGCAAAGGCAUCAACGACUUCGACUACCACGCAGGAAUGAAUUUAAUUGCCACUGCUGGUAUUGACAACAAAGUUUGCCUUUGGAAUCCUUAUGUGAUUUCCAAGCCCACUGGGGUUCUGCAGGGACACAUGGCCAGUGUCAUAGCAGUGCAGUUCAUCAUUGCGAAAAAGCAACUUUUAAGCUUUUCAAAGGACAAGGUUUUGCGAGUUUGGGAUGUGCAUCAUCAGUUGUGUAUUCAACGAGUAGCUGGCAUUUUCCCCAAAUGUGUAGACUUCCAUAUGGUACUGUACUUUGAUGAAGAGCACGGGAAGCUUCUGACAACCUUCAACAACCAGAUCACGCUUCUAGAAAUCAAGCAAGAAACUGGCCAGAGAGUUACAAGCCAUGCAAAACCUGUCAGCUGUGUUCUCUACAAUCCGGUGUUUAAGCAAGUAAUAAGCUCUGAUGCCGACUCGACCGUUACCUGCUGGAUGAUAGAUACAGGACAGAAGAUUAAGCAGUUCACCAGGUGCCAUGGCAAUGCUGAGAUCUCCGCUAUGGCGCUAGACGCCACUGGUACCAGGCUGUUCACCGGAGCCACAGAUGGGAUGGUAAAGGUGUGGGAUUUCAACGGGCACUGCCAUCAUAAACUGAGUGCUGGUUUAGACCAAGCGGUGGAGAUCUCCCAGAUCUUGGUACUCAAGAGGACAGUGUUAGUUCUGGGAUGGGAAAGAAUGAUUACAGUGUUUCGACUGAACAGCCUGACACAGUUUUUUGUGAAGCCUGCUGAAUGGAAAGGAGGUCUCCAACACCAGGAUGACAUCCUCUGUGCAGCUUUCCUGCCUCCGCAGACCUUGGUCUCAGGAAGUUAUGAUGGGGAAAUAAUUAUAUGGAACAACAACACCGAAAACGCUCUCCGCAAACUUCAUCCAGGCGGCAAAAGGAAUUUCAAGUUUAAUUCAGACAGUGCCCUAUCAAAGCUGGGGAAUAGAUCUCGGUCCUCAUCUACGCACUCAGGAAAGCGAACCCGCUCUCUUGUCUUGACUGAAACCGAAACUGAGUGUAACUACAACAUAACUAGACUGAUAUUCCUGGAAGCCAGGAAAAAUGUGGCUGCUGGAGACGGUGCGAACCUGGUCUCUUGUGGAGGUUCAGGAACUGUGAGGUUUUGGAACACAGUGAAGAGCUGUCUGGUGGCAGAAUUCAUUGCUCACAAGGAUGUGGGCUCCAUAAUCAUGAGUAUCGACAAAUCAAGCCAGUACCUCUUCACUGGAGAUGUUGAUGGAUGGGUAAAGGUCUGGGAUAUACAGGAGUAUGGCCUUCAUUCCAGUGAUAAUGUGAUCAAUCAACCUCCGGCUUUGCUGACAAGAUUUCAGCCCCAUGUGGACUGUGUCAGUCACCUUGAAACAUGUGUACAUAAUGGACAAUUGCUUCUCAUUUCUGCAUCUGCGGAUUGUAGUGUAGUGGUCAGCUACAUCAAUGGAUCAAUUGUAGGAAUAUUUGGACAGGAAGAACACUGGCGCAUUGAUGGCAUCGGUGAACUUCCUGUCCCCACAACAUGCCUACAGGACCAGAAAGAGCAGCAUGAAGAUGAAAAGUCAAAUGCAGGCUCAGAAGAAACCUCAAGUGAAAAGAAUUCAGAGGACCUAGAAGACGGCUCCCUGGACCAGUCUAUGGACACUGAAUUAGAUGUAAUGGAACAUCCCAUUUUAUCCAAUCCAUGGCAAAACACCAUUUUAGGGAAAAGGUUCCAAGAAUGCAGAGGUUUAAAAGAGAGUGACCAUAGACUUUCACCAUAUGAGGAAAUGCGAAGUUCUAUUGGUACUUUCAGCUCCCUGCGAGUCGGGGAGCUCAGCCGUGUGGAGAAAAUUGAAAAGCCGGAUUUUGUCAUAAACCCUCACCGGUACUUUGGGGAGAAAGGACAUGAGAAGACCCUACAGCCCCCUGAUAUUUUAGUGGUUUCUGAGAGAGAUUCUGGAACAAGGACAAAGAGCCAGGCGAUCCCACGAGCAACAGGAGGCCACACUCCGCAAGAAACCCAGCAGAGAGCAAAGCAGGAAACCCAAAGCGAGUUUUUCAUCAGUGUCGAAGCCUUGAAGUCUGCUAAUGGAAUGAGCAAGCAGAGUUCUUCAGCUGAGAGGGGGGUAGCAAGACCAAAGAAACACCCUGUCGGAAAUCUUCGGCGUUCCCUUAAACCUCAGGUUCUGAAAGGAAAGUCCUCUCAAGCCCACAGAAAAGUAUCCUUAGGUAUUACAGGUUCAUCCUGAAACAGGUGAUGAUCUUUGAGUCAUCCUUUUCGUCUUUGCUGUCUUUCUGACCUCCACCAUUACAAGAUGCAUUCGCAAGCAGUGUUGCAGAACCCACUGAAAUGUCAAUUGCUAACCGAGUGUUAAAUAUGAGAGUCUGACACAAAGCAGAAAGUUGUCAAUGCUUUUGACAUUUCAAUGGAGUGACCAGGAAUGCGCGCAGCUUGCAAUCUUGUUAGCACCCGUCGUGAAGCCACUUAUCCCAGGUAAGGUUUAUGCUAACCGGGAGCCUGGCCUGGAAGCUCAGGGGGCCAGCUGGCCUGUACACUGGAGUGGACGUCCUCUCCAGCACAGGGACAAUUUAGCGGCACCACUUUGACCCUGACAGCGUGUCUUUGGAAUGUGGGUGCUCGGGGGAUGGGGAACAUGCAGACUCCACACGGAAGGCACCCCAAUCUGGAAUCAGCGGCUUUCACCACCAAGCCCCAGUGGUGCACGGUCUUGCAAAAAAUGUCCAAAAACAUUGAUACAGAUAAAUGUAAAUGAAUUAUAAAUACAUUAAGAAAUGUAUU